UAAGCGAAGGCAUCUGUGCUGGGGAAGAAACCUCGCUGAGGCUUUGUCAGCUGCUGCUUUUCCCCUGACACCGCUCGAAGAGCACCUCUGCUGCGAUGGGGAGGCAAAAGGACGUUCUUGCUACUAUUGAGGAGCACCUGAGGAUCAGAAACAAGCUAGUCCGGCAAGCGCUGGCUGAAUGCCUGGGGACACUGAUCCUGGUGCUGUUUGGCUGUGGCUCCGUUGCACAGAUCAUCCUCAGCAGAGGGACUCAUGGAGGUUUCCUGACUGUUAACCUGGCCUUCGGCUUUGCUGUGAUGCUCGGCAUUUUGAUCUCGGGACAGGUAUCAGGUGGACAUCUGAACCCAGCUGUCACUUUUGCCAUGUGCUUCUUGGCUCGGGAGCCCUGGAUCAAGCUGCCCAUUUAUGCCCUGGCCCAAACCCUGGGGGCUUUCCUGGGAGCUGGAAUAGUCUUUGGGCUAUACUAUGAUGCCAUCUGGGCUUUUGGCAGCAACCAGCUGUAUGUAACAGGACAAAAUGGCACUGCUGGUAUCUUUGCCACCUACCCAUCUCAGCAUCUGAACAUUGUGAAUGGAUUCUUUGACCAGUUUAUUGGCACUGCCUCCCUGAUUGUUUGUGUCUUGGCUAUUGUCGAUCCCUACAACAACCCCGUCCCCACGGGGCUGGAGGCUUUCACAGUUGGUUUUGUUGUCCUCGUUAUUGGAACCUCCAUGGGCUUCAAUUCUGGCUACGCUGUCAACCCUGCCAGGGACUUUGGGCCUCGUCUCUUCACAGCCAUCGCUGGCUGGGGCACUGAAGUGUUCUGGACUGGUAAACAGUGGUGGUGGGUUCCAGUUGUUGCUCCAUUCCUUGGGGCCAUUGCAGGAGUGAUUGUCUAUCAGCUGAUGAUUGGAUGUCAUGAUGAGCCUUCUCCACCUGCCUCUGAGCAGGAAACAGUCAAGCUGGCUAACGUGAAGCACAAGGAAAGGGUGUGAGGAAGCCUAGAGCUGGCAGACAUUCAUUACUCAGGACUCCAGCUGGCAAAGAGGAGGAAGGAGUUAAGAAGAGCUUCAAGAACAGCAGGAAGACCUUUUUUUCCUGUCUUGAGAUAGUCUAGCUUUUUUUUUUUUUUCACGUGUGUGUGUGUGCGUGUGCGUGUGUGUGUGUAACCCUAAUGCAUUUGCUUUAGGCAUUUUCCUGUGACCCUUUCCCCAAAUGCAGUAUCAUGUAAUCUUUCCCUAGUAGAAGGGAGUUGAGGACUGUAGGAAUCAGGAGAGAAGUGGGCAUUGCUGUCCAACGUCUCCAACAUGGGCCAGUUGUUCAGAGAUCUGGAGCUCUUUUGGCCUGUGUUGCUGGCCUUGCCUGUGAGCUUGGCAUACUGUUUCCCUCCAAACCUGCGUACCCAUCUGUACACCGGGCAUCGUGCAAAACUUAAAUUGUUUUGCUAAUAUGGAAUGGAAACUUCCACAUCCUGGAAAAAUUUGCCCGUGAUUAUACUAUAGAUCAAAUUCAUGCUUGACGUUUCUCUAAACUCAGUAACUUGUCACCAGGUAUGAACUUGUCUAAAGGAUUUUUAUUUGCCAUACUCUUUAUAUCUCCCAUGAAUUCUUAGAACAUCGUAUCAAUCAGCUGAUCCAUGAUGUCAGAGCAGAGUGUGAGAAUGCACUGGAUUUCAAUUUAAUAUUAAGACAAAAUGUUUACAAACCACUGCACCCUGGUGUUCUAAUCACGAUUUUUAAUAUUGCCCACUCCUAAAACAUAACACAUAGGAAAUCCUUGUUCUAGCCAGGGGCUAACCUGGGAAGAAAGCUUGGGUCCCUGUAGCAGCUUUUUCAAUUAAUCAGCUUUGUAUAUAAACUGCAAGCAGCUAAUAACCAAGUUCCACUGGAAACAUGGUGUUGCUAAAGUUGUGUGUGUUCAUGUAAAUUUCACAAUAGUGUUUUUUUUUUUUAAAUAGAUUUAUAUAUAAAUAUACUCCUUAAAGCUGUUACUAAAUACCAGGUUUGGGAUGAGUCAGUUUAAAGAUGUGUGGAAACUGCUGGUACUUUGACAGCUUUGAGAUCUUGUCGGAUUUUCCUGAGGUGGCCUUAGAUUAUGGCAUUGUGUUGUUGGAACAUCUCCUCUCGUACCUUGCAGAGUUACUGGGGUGUCCCUGGUACUCACAGCUGAAGAACUGAGGUCAGGCGCCUCCUGUACUAGCAGUUCUGGCAUCUCAGGGGAUCUCUGGCUCUCCCAAGACCAUCUUAUUAUAGAGUAUUUGAAAUGAGCAGUAUCGGUUGUGAAAGAAUUUGUAGGCCCCAUGCCACUGCAUUAGAGAAACUCUUUCAAAGCCUAUUUCUUUAAUGUAUGAAUUCCUUGAAAUAUGUAACUUUGUACACAUUUCCAGUCACUAAAAUGAUGUAUUCUUUUUUUUUCCUUUUUAAAAAAUAAAAUGUCAAUAUCUACACU